AUGGUCACCCAGUGCCCCUGGGGCCGCUGGGUCGGUGCAGCUGGGCUACUGGAGAUGUACCGCUCUUUAAUGAACCUCUUUGACGCCAACUUGGAGGCGUCCGUGUGCGUCGGGACGCCCCCUGCUGCCGAGACGUGCGCCCCCGCGGAUGUGACGUUGCCCUUCGAGAAACGGCUUCUUUUGCGCGCCUCGGUGGCGCCUGCCACGGAGAAGACGCUGCGCUUCCUCUGGUCUCUGAUGCCGCAGCGAGAACGCUACGUCACGGACGCAGCCGCGGUCAACCUUCGCCCCACUGGGCCUGGAACCUACGUGGUCGAAGUAACCUGCCAGAAUCACGUGAGCUCAGUGUCGUCGCCAGAGCUGGCGCUUCGUCUUGUUGAGCGGGUGACCAACUUGAACGGAAUCAACGUCCUGGGACCGGUGCUGGUCGCUAGGCCUACGCGGCUGCGAGCCGUUUACACGACGGGCAGCAACCUGACCUUUUCGUGGAACUUCGGAGACGGCAGUGAUCCGGUCUUGAUCACCGACGGACCUGAGGUGUCGCACACGUUCACCAGGGUGCGAGAGUACUGGGUCAAGGUUGUCGCCUAUAACAUCUUCAGUCGCGCCGAGUUCGAGACGAACGUGUUCGCGAUGGAGCAGCCCUGCAGCAAGCCAGAACUGCGCCUCCACCGGUACACGGAGGCUCGUUUCAACGAAGACGUGUACGUGGAGGCAGCCGUCAAUACAUCGUGCCCUAUCUCGGCCAAGGUCAGGUACUCGUGGACCGUCCUGAACGCAACAGGGUCGCACGUCGUCUUCGAGCACAGCGGUGGUGCCCUCUCCCGGAAGGAUCUGCUCCUGCCCGCGGGAACACUGCCCGUAGGCCGGUACUUGCUCUCGCUCAAGGCUCGCAUGAUGCCCACGGCCGUGUACGCCGUCGAGAACGCGACCUUGGCAGUCGUGCCGUCUCCGGUCAGCUUCAGCAUUGCGGGCGGCUCGUGGCGAACCAUUGGUCCGUCGGCGAUCGUCAUCCUCGAGACUAAGGUCUACCCGCCUGACCUCUCCGACUACAGAAUCACUUGGAAGUGCGAGGAGUUGAACGAUGCUGACGCCGACUGUUUCACGCAUCCUGUCCCAUCUUCACUGGCCAAGCGAAGCAGCAGGACGCUGCGUUUCCUCGCUUCAUCACUGAACUCCAAAAGUGCCUUUCUCUUCACUGCGACGCUGACUCUGGGGAACGCCUCUUCUCAUGUUGCACAACAAGUCCUGAAUGCAUCUGGAACCGGCCCUCGAUCUCGGCUCAUUGAAGUAAGCUGCCGGUCGUGUGACUAUGAAAGGCGAGCGCGAAGUCACGAAAAAGUAGUGCUCACUGCAUUGUGCCAGGACUGCGACUCCAACGAGGAGCUCUACUUCGAGUGGUCACUGUGGAGCCUUCAUCAUGGUGAUGACCACUGCUAUGGCAGGAUUGGCAGCACCCAAGUGCAUCUGGACAACAGUAGUGCUCAAAUUGGCCGAAGUCCUCACCGAAGAGCACAUGACAUUCAACUUGCACUACGUCACGUUGGUUCAAGAAGUCCAGCUCCACUGUUUCCACCAUUUCCUGACUUUGCCAAUGGCACAGGAUCUGCAAAGAAUGUUCAUUUUGAGCCAACUGAAGACCAUCGGUUCACCCGCCUUGGAAAACGACAACGUUCUAAUGUCCCAAAAGGACCGAGACGAAUUGACAGCAGGCUUGGCAUUGUACCUGCGGACAGUAGGUCCGGGUCGGUCUUGAGGAAGAUUUUUGGAUAUUCUGGAAAGAGAGUUGAAGUCGGUGGGUUUCAGAGCUCAUUCCACCACAGCGCAUGGCUCGUCCUCCAACCAGGAACACUGAUGGCCAAAUGUUCCUACGCAGUUCAUGUGAAGGUUCGCCGAAAAGGUUCAAAUGACACCGUUGGAGAAGCAAGGGAGAGGAUAAUGGUUGGAGAUGGGACUUCAGGAGGCCAGUGCAACAUCCAGCCCCGUACUGGUGUCGCCCUGGAGACGCUUUUCACGGUGAACUGCUCCAUUUGGAAAGGUGGCCGGAAACCACACGCAUACAUCAUCAGCUAUGGCCUGUCUCCUGCUGGCCCCUGGCGACAGCUUUACCGUGGCUCUCGCUCCACCUCUUCUUUCUGGCUGCCUCCCGGAAUGGCCUCACAAAACAACUCCGUGCAUAUCAGGAUGGUCAUCCAGGACGCCGACGGAUUUCGAUUGUGCCUUCCACAAACAAGUGUAUUGAGAGUGCUGAAUUCGAUGGAUCUUUCUGUCAUGAAAAACAAAACUUCCCACCUGUCACCAAUUAUAGCCCGACUGUUUGGUGACCAGCAAUACCAAGCAGCACUGAACAAGCUUCAAGUACUUAUAACUGUGCUUCGAACUCUUGAGGCACCAAAGAGCACUUUGCACACGUACCAACUCGACUUCUUCAGAAGUGUAUGGAGAUUCGCAAUACGCACACUGCGGAACUCAGAAUCUUUUCCUGUAAACACAGUGCAAGCUUUUAUUCAAACAUGGAAUGUUAUUGUGGAGCCCCGAUUCCCGGGAGAAGAACACGACCUCAUUGCGGCAUCCCAGCUGCUUCAAUUCUUUGUUCAGGACGUUCAAACAAGCCGACCAUCCACAUCGGGACAAUUUGAAGUUGUAGUUCAGGAACUUGUAACCGCUCUGGGCCAUCUAAUUAAAUCAGCGCAGACACUAAGUCUUCACACGUGGCACAUCUUCUAUGAACGCAUUCGCAAUAUCGAAGAUGUGAUAAAGAAUUUCAUUGAAGACAAUUACGUUUCUCGAGAGGUGCUGCAUUUUUCCUCAGCUUGGCUUGAGCUUUCUGUAUUUGAUGUUUCCGUGGACGUACAGUGCUCUGCGUCUUCAGUGAUAGCUGUUUUUCACCCGGACACUGACACUAUAUUGCACAACGUCACUCCCCCAAACAGUCUGGGUGCCCUGCCAAGGCAGCCUACAGUUUGUCUGGUGUACAGAUUUCCUUUCUUUGCAUUCAGUCCUCAACCACCGUUACUAAAUCGCCAGUUCCCAAGUAAAGCAUCAACAUUUGCCUUAAACCCAAGUGCCAUGACUCUUGAGCAAGGACCUUACGUAGUGAACUUUCCCCGUCAAAACAUGCCGCACAAGAAAGAUUUUGUCCUGAGGCCGGGCACGGUUCACGUACACAAGCUCAAGAAUUUGAAAGAUCCGUCACAUUCCCACCUGUACAUAAGAGUGGAGACAGGGUACUUUGCCGAUGCUCUUCAAGUGUUCCUGAGCCAGGGUACUGAGCAGCUGGUCACAUCUCGUGGCAUCAGAGUUCAUCAAAUGUUUAAUGUGACAGAGAUUUACAUUGACAAAGAAACCUUGAAUGACCACAAUGAUUGCCAGUUGACCAUCGCACGAAAACCAGAACGCAUUGGGAAUUGGAAGCUAACAUAUGGUUCUUCGAGCUUGACAUAUCAACUGGAAGGCUUCGGGCAGGAGUGCUUGCUGUUCUUUCCUGAAAAGGAUGAGUGGGACACACAUGGCUGCUCGGUGACUGACGCAACAACUGUGCGGUCUGUUCAAUGCAAGUGCCAAGGUGGACCCCCCAUCAUUUCCAUGAUCUCAGGCACUCUCAAGCUGCAGCUUGUUGAGUUGCCAGCGUACAAGAUAUUUGGCAAGCAGAUCAACUGGCUCGUCAUAUCUUUUCUGGUGGCAACCAUGGCUGCCUACACCCUGGCAGUGUGGUGGUUAUGCAGUGGCGACAAGCGUGUGGUACGUGGUGGUCCAAGAGGGGGCCACGUAUUCGCACUGAAGACGGCACGAUCGACAGCGCGACACCUGUACUUGAUCACUGUCCAGACUGGGCCUUUCUUCAAUGCGGGAACAUCAGCAGCGGUGUCAAUGAUACUUCAUGGGGAGACAGGAGAUUCAGAGGUCAUAAAGCUUGCUGACAGCUGCCAAGUUCUUCAAAGAUGUUCCACGGUUGCCUUCUUGGCUGGCACGAACAUCGCUCUAGGAAAUCUUGCAAGUGUCGAGGUCUGGCACGACAACUCUGGAGAGUUUCCAUCCUGGUUCUUGGAAGACUUGACUGUGGUACACUGGAAUACACAAGCCACUUGGCACUUUGUUUUUGACGAGUGGUUCUCCACAAGCAGCAAAGAUGGCAGAAUUGAAAGGGAGGCAUUCGCUUCAGAGAACAGCCCAGCCAUGCUGAGGACUCUGCAGCGCUCAUUGAUACAUGCACUGAGCGACCAUCACUUAUGGUACUCCACCGUGACGAUGAAAAGCUGCUCUUCUUUCUCACGUGGCCAGCGGCUUUUAAUGUGCCUUUCGACAGUGCUUUCCUCAGGCUGCACUGAGUGCACUUCGCAUCUUCUUCACAGAUGUUGAGCUUGCAGCAAGUGGUCCAUUGGCACAUUACGUUGGUGAAGCAGGUCUUGUCUGUCUAGUAGCCCACCUAGUUCACCAAGUCCCCACAGCAAUCUUCAGACACUAUGACUGCAUGGCGUUGCUGCGAA